CUGUUUUGCAGCAGUUGACGUAGCUCAAUUUGUGUUGUGAUGUGUUUCUGCUUAAGAAUAAACAAAUAAAUAAAUUUGCUCAACGAAAAAAUUUAAAAAUGGAUUUGGAAUAUGAGCGGGUGUUAAAAUUAAUAUUUCCUGAUGGUGUGCCAGAAAACUUGCGGGAUAAUCCGGAAUUGCAGAAUUAUUUGUCAAAACUGGGCACAUACAAAGUAGAACAAUUAAAGAAAGAACAGACGCGUCUCACAGAGGAAACAAAAAACAUAUUGGAGGAAACGCAGGAAUUGGCAAUUUCUAAUUACAAAACCUUCAUACACACCGCAGAAAAUUCACGUACCAUUUUUCGUGAAUUCCAAAAUGCGGAGGAGCAGCUGUCUGCGAUGACUGAAAUAUUGCCCGAAUUUAGUGAGAAAUGUGAGCAAUUUUUGACCAAUUCAGCUGAAAUACAUGAAAACAGACGCAUAAAUACGAUAACACUUAAAAAAAAUUCCAAAUUAUUGGAAAUAUUGGAAUUACCACAGUUGAUGGAACGUUGCAUUCGUGAAGGUCGUUACGAAGAAGCGCUGGAGCUAGCUAGUUAUGUGCAGAAAAUGGGACAAAAUCAAAUUCAUAUACCAAUUAUAAGUACGAUUGUUAGUUCUGUAGAAGCUUUGUGGCAUACGAUGUUGGUGCAACUCAUAGCGCAACUGCGUACUGAUUUGCAAUUACCGAAGUGCCUACAAAUCGUGGGUUACUUAAGACGCAUGCAGGCAUUUAGCAGUAAUGAGUUGAAGUUAAAAUUUCUGCAGGCUCGUGAUGUUUGGUUGACAGCAUCGUUACAGGCAAUUCCAGUGGACGAUGCUCAUCAACAUUUAAUCAAAACAAUUGAACUGACACGCAUAAAUCUUUUCAAUGUAAUCACACAAUAUUGUGCAAUAUUUCCUGAUGAACUUGAAACAACUGCAAUAGAUGCAGAAAAGGCAGCAGCAGAUGCAGCAGUAGUAAGUGACAGUAACUCAGCCUCAACAACAACGCCGACAAAGUUAAAUAAUGCUUUGUCAAUUAUGGAGUCCGCAGGGGAUAGACUUUUUCAAGCUUGGCUGCAUCGAAAGGUAGGUGAGACAAUUGCGUGACCUUUAAGUAUUUUGAAAUUCU